AUGGCUGAGUCCAAAGUAGUGAAGGCACCUACUUUCUUGAGAUUUGCAAGCCCCAAUGAAAGACGCACGAUCAGCCGUGAAGAUGUUGGAUUUUACAACACGCUCACCAUAGCAGCAAUCUACGAGGCCGCCGAUGGAAAUCUGGACCUUAAUUCAUCUCAAACUUUCAUUUCACCUCUGAAGCAAUGCAUAAUGAAGCACCCCUUCCUGAGCGUGAUUGUCAAGAAUAAGGACACCGAAAACCCAUUUUUCGAGGCAGUUUCGAGAUUAGAUCUCAAUGACCAUAUUUCUAUAAUUGGCGACGAUCAGGUCAAAGAGCGUAAAGAGAUGGAAAGUAUUGAAAAUAUCCUACCGCCAAUACUUGACAGGCCAUGGCCUGCUGAUAUACCACCUUGGCGAAUCGUCGUCCUCCCUCUGGCGUCCGAAUCUACAGCGAAGCGCUGUUUCAUAGCAUUUUCAUUCUCCCAUACUAUUGGAGAUGGUAUGAUUGGACAUAUCUUUCAUCAUACCUUCGUAGAAGCAUGGGAAUCGACUGCGGCAGAGUCUUCAUUGGUGACGCCUCCGAAUGCAGCACUUACAGAAGCCUUCGACACACCAGAAAGGCUUCCAAUUUCCUGGGGCUUCCUCCUUAGGCCGCUAAUAUCUUUGCUAUUACCAAAGUUCAUAGCAAAUAUAUUUCAUCUCCGGGCAUCCAGCAGCACAAUCGAUGCCGGAACCUGGACCUCCACACCCAUAUUCUACGAGCCAUCAGCGAGCGAGAAUAGUAGAGUGAGAAUACUUGAACUCGAGGGUUCACUAGUCCAAAAGACACUGCAGAGUUCAAGAAACCACGACUCAAAACUCACAGCAACACUACACCAGCUGAUCGUCCGAGCAUUGAGCAAGGCCAUUCCACAACGGGACAUCACCAACUUCGUCUCUGGAACAGCCGUUGACAUGCGAAAGUCUAUUGGAGCGCCAGCUGACACAUGGGGUCUUUUCGUGACUGGUCAUUACGAGGUCCACCCACGCGUAUCUGAUACAUCGCAGCCGCCGUUGCCAGAGGAGAUGUGGCAGGCUGCGAGCUUGGUGACGAAGAAACUCGCUGAAUGCGCCACGCAGCUGCAGGAUCAACCAAUAGGUCUGCUGAGAUAUGCACCUAGUAUCAGGGGCUACACACUGGGCAAACUUGGUUCCCGGAGGGACUGCUCAUUUGAUCUGAGCAAUUUACUUGCCUUUGAUGGGAUUAGCGAUGCGAAUAGUAAAUGCAAGAUCACUAAAAUGGUCUUCGUUCAGCCUGGAAAUGUGCUUAGUGCGCCGCUUCAGUUUAAUAUUAUCAGUGUGAAGGGCGGUUCUUUGGUUUGUGCUGUUAGCUGGCAAGCUGGAGCAUUGGAUGUACCACUAGAUGAGGAAAAAGCGUUCGUUGAUGAUAUAUGUUCAUCAAUUCGGGCGGACUUGGAGGCCCUAAGGAGUUGA